UAUCUCGCAACACCGUAUUGGCAGGCCGUGUUUUGGGAUCAAUGGUGGCCGCGGAGGGCGUGCUUGUGCUCCCCUUCUAGACCCGCUGCUGCGUCCCGUGGCAGGCGUUGCAUGUUGGAGUAGUGCCCACAGUGGAUGGAGGACAUAAGAACAUAAGAAGAAGAAGAACAUAGGGAGACUGCAAGAGGCCGAAUGGCCUACACAAAGCAGCCCCAGAUUCCCCCCCACUACCACCUGUCAUCCUCAUCCAUUGGUAUGGCGAGUGGAGAUGGGGACCGGCUGAGAGUGGUGAGUGCGGUGAACCUGCGUCACAAGAUGGACGCCUUAGUGUCUGACCUCUCCCAUGCGCUGGAUGAGUCGCAGCUCCCACAGUACCAUCGCAAGAGGAGGGGCUUCAAGCGGCGUGCCAAGCUUGCAAACACCCUUGGAUUAUCAAGCAACCGAGGACUAAGUGAAGACUCCUCAAGCAGCAUUGGUGAAGUUUUACUAUCUCAGGAUAACAAGUCCUCCAUUCCCUUGACUGACUCAGAUGACUUGAGUCCCCCUCCAGAGCACCGCCACCGCACACAGCUCCUCACCCACCACCGCCCAUCCUCCAACUUGGUGGAGUCAGACUCAGUCAAUGAGAACUUUUCGCCGGCACGCCCUCACAACCGCAGUGUCAAUCUCUUCUUAUGCAGGAAGCGGAAGUGCAAGAGGAUGGCUCUGGACCCUGAUGCCCCCUCCACUUCCACUCCCCCCGGCCCUCCCAACACCCCUUCCACCCUCCCCAUGGCCAAGCCCGCAGUAGCUGUCACCUCCACCAGCCUUUCCAGUGUGUCCUCCAACAGCCGCAAAAAGAAGAUCCUCAGGCCGUCAGUGGACUCUGAGAACAGAUACUUGGCAGUUUCAGCAGGCAAGCGUAAGCGGGGCCGUGAGCGGACAGUGGAGUGGUGCGGCAGCCACCACCUCUCCCACAGCAAGCGACACGGGUCAUCCACCAGCCAUUUUCACAGUCUCCGGAUGCACCGCUCAUCCCAGGCUAGUGCAGAGGACAGCAUGGACUAUGACUACUCUGACGAUGCAAACAUGGAACACAGUAGCAGUGAAAGCAGCAGCGAGAGUGAGACAGGCAUCUACACCUGUGAUGAGGGUCGGGAGGCUGAUGAUGAGCAGAGUGACUGGUUUGCCGAGCCAGACCCGGUGUAUGGAGUGCCUGGUGCCCCCAACCCCGCUCGCCAACGGAAUCCCUCCAACCGCCUCUCCUGGUGGAAUGAUGAGUUUGACUUGUCUCUCUCAGCCAAGGCUCUGUUCAAAGAGAGGUAUGAGACAAUGUCCGUGGAGAACCAACAGGCCUGCAGACUCAGAUUCCAAAAGCUUAGAGAGAGGCUUUUGAGACGAGAGAUCCGGGCUGGACGCAGGAGACUGAGGGAUAGGAAGCCCGGGUUCAGCAUUGUGUCUUCUGUCAAUGACAAGGUUUCCAGGUUCCUCCAGGAUCCACGCCAGUCAGAGCUGCGCCUGAGGCCCAUGACAGACAAGGAUCGUGACCAGCUGAAUCACUUGGCCAACCUAUACUCCCUCACUAUCCACAGCAAUGAUGACCACACUGCUCCCAUCCUCACCAAGACCAGAAACACCAUCACCAAGCAGUGGCUGGAGGUGGAUGAAGCCCUUGCCUGUGGGGGAACCUUCCCUGGAGGUCUGCCAGUGCCGUUAAGUGAUCUUAAACGGCGAAGACGCACGCCUCCACCCACUUCCAACAAUCUGACUGAGGGCAGCAAUGACUCUGUGGAGAGUGUGUCCAAUAGUGCUGGGCUUUCAGGUGCGUACCGUCCUCCAGUGCCAAGUGUCAGCUGGGAUGAUGAUGUUGGUGACUGCUGCGCCGACUCCUUAUCUGAACGGCUGGCUGACUCUGAGCCAGACCCUCUGCCUUCCCCCACCUCCCUCGGCCUGCACGACUGCACGCUCUGAGACUGCUUCAGGCUGACUGCUCCAUCACUGCCAUUGUUUAUAGUUAUUUUCAAGAACACAUUUUGGCUGAACCAUUGGAGGAAUAUCACAUAUCUUUGCUGGGUCCAGUUGCUUUACACUUCCCUACUUCCCAUCCCGUGCGAAGAAAAAAAGCUACAAGCCUGUACUUUCCAUUAACUGAAAGGAACAACUUGUGAAAAUCAGAAGUGUAGGUUGUCAGUUUAGCAUUUAUGAAGUUAAGUACCGGUCAGCUUGUUUCUCCGGGAGGUAUGAGCCAGUCAUAGUUCUACCUCAUGUUCUCUUUGAUCUCUGUCCAGUGAACUCAGCAAGUUGUGACCCAUGGUUCCUUACUAGCCUUAAAACAUUGUUUUUAAAUACAGUCUGCCCUUCACAUUCACUGUGCUAUUAAGGAGGAAAAGAGAGAGAGAGAAGGGGGGGUCUUUAGCAAGCGAGAAGCAGAGAGAGGGAAAGGAGGGAGCUGUGAAGAGAAAUAUUUUCCCUUAAGUUAAUAUUGUUUAAUUAUUUAUUACCUAAUUGAUUUAUUUAAAAAAAGAUUAUAUUGUGUGUAUUACAGUAUUUACAUAGUAGAUAAUAAGUGUGUGUGGGGUGUAAUAAUAAUAAUGGUUUGAUGGCAGUUAUUGGAAAAUUUACAGGUUUUAGGUUACACUACAGAAAAAAAAGUACAAAAUUAAGGGGUUGGAGGCUGGUGGGUUUAGAUAUCAAUUGAAUAUGGGAUGAAUUGUGGUGGCACCAAGCCAGAGCAGCAUAUUGCAGUUGUCGGUGAGAUGCUAAUCUCGGGUCAUCUCCGUCUGUGGGUCAAAUGACAGCUGAUGGCAAGGUGCAGAUGGCAUGGUGUAAAAAUAUCACUCGGGUGAUAAAGGUGUGAACUCAAGGCUGGCAAGAUACACUCAACCCUCAAUAUCCCAGACAAAUAGGAAGAAGCACCUGUCCCAGAACCAAAACAGUCCAGGAAUUGGAAAUUGCUACAGUCUGGGGGCCACAGCCCAUUCCUGGACAUUUUCCAUACUCAAUCUGGCAAUUGCCAGUAUUUAGUACUUGACCCGGACUUUUACCACACUUUGUCCAGCACACUUAAGCAACACAAGUGAGAAAGAUUAACUUAAACAUGGCAUUUAAAGACUUGCAAUAUACACCAACAAGGACACAGCAUGUAUGGUGGUCAUAAGGUGUUCACCAUUCAGUAACCUCUUCUUAUACAAGGAGGUUAGAUUACAAAUUAAGACUCCGAUUAACCAAAAAUGUUAUACUACUGCAAAUUAUUUAUACACUCGAUUCCAGUGCAUACAGUGUUUGUAUGCAAAUGUAAAGUCAAAGCACACCCGCUUAACAGCAUAAGACAACUGUAAACAACUACGCCCUGCAUACACGUGGCCAUUGUUGUUGACACUGACCAGGGGACGGAACCUGAUGUAUGGCCGAAUUUCUGUUUUGAUACCCGGACUUGGGCCAGGAUAUGUCUGGCAACCACUGGGCAUAGUCAGACCACAAGGUUUGGCCCUGACUUGUAUUUUGAUUUGGACUUUACAGGGCAUGUGCCUUUUAAUUACUGGACCCUGGAUUUUAUCCAGGGAAUCAAGGGUCGAGUGUACAAAAGGCGGGUGGGCUAAUGGCAGGACAAACAGUGGUAGCUGACUUUGUUGUACGAAGCUUAUUAAACAAUUUCAACUUUUUAAUCAUCAGAUUUUAGGGCCUCUUGAAAGCAUUUUCAGAAGCACCACAUUUAGAAAGCAUACCUACUUUGUAUUUCUGUAGCGCACUAAAACUUUUGAGAAUUUAAUUUGAUAUAUUUAUGGCAGUAAAUGAUAAAAAAGUAUUUAUGCAUUUAUGUCUUACUAAACUUUGUUUUCUUUACAUUUUUCUAGUCCCUGUGCAUCCGCAGUUUUCUGCAGUUGGCCACAAUGCUAAAAAGAAUCCAUUUAAAUUACUGAUGCCAAACUCACAAAUAAUCAGGUGUGGAGGGCUGACUGUAUUGUCACUUAACCAUGGAAAUAUCAAUCUUGAUUCUAAAACUUUUCCUUGUGUUAAGAUCACUGAAAUUUAUUUACUGUUAAAACACUGCAGUUUGUUAUUGAGCUGGAAAAUAAUUAGAUUUUUAAAACUAAAGUACAAGUAUUUAGAUAAGCUAAAUAUAUAAAUUUACAAUCAGUGCAUUGAUAAUGCUGCAUUGAUUAAUUGACUAUGUAUAUAUUUAAUUAAUCAGAUAAGUUAUUUUAAAAUACAUAGUUUAUAGAGUAGUAGGUAUUUGGUAUUUUCAUUUCAUCCCUGGUACAUGGUAAUGCCUCGGCUUUAUUAGUUGAUGGAUGAUGGCAUACCUUCAAUAUUUUAGGAAAGUGACAGGAUUCUGUUGAGAAAUGCAAUCAGCCUUUGACAAAAAUGGGGAGGCAUUAGUUGCUGUAAUCUGAGGUGUGCAUGAGUGUACUCUGGCAACCUGCUAUCACACAGCAUGUCUGAUUUUGUGGUUAACAUACAGUAGCCUACACAUAGGAAAGUUAUUAGUAUCAAUAAUGUGAAGGCAGCAAUGAGGAGUCUGUCAAUUUUAGUUGAUUUUGAGUAUCAAAUUAUAAAAUAUUAAUAUUGUUGCAGACGGCUGCUUCAUUAAACUUUUCUCUGCGGAAGGCAGCAGGGUUGUUUAAUUAUUUGAAACUCAAAAUCAAUUAUAUUUGAUGGUAAUCAAUAUUGCUGCCUGCAUAUUCUUUAUACUGAUCACUAUUUCCUGUGUAGGCUAUCAUGUGUUAUCCAUGAAAUUGGACAGGCCAUGUGACAGCAGGUUGCCAGAACAUGAUAUUGCACACCUCAGACUCAGGCACCACAACUAAGGUUACCUGUGACUAAUAACAAGUAAUAUUUGAAUGCAAAAGUGAGUAUACUUUUGCUUAAUUAAUAUGAAGAAAAUUCCUGUUCACUGAUGAUGCCAUUUGAGUGGCCUACUGAAUAUAUAUUUAUUAAAAGUAUGUAUUAAGACAUUACUCAUUCCAUAGACCACUGUCAUGAGGUAUUUGGGUGUCUGUGCCUGUAAUAACCAACUCCUGAUCUCAAAUUUGAAAUAGUUAAAGGCCGCUGUAUAAUGAAAAAUUGAUACAAUAAAACCUUAGUUGGCACAGCUGGGACAAAGGCCUUGUUGACUAAAAGGAAUAGUCCCCCACUCAAAUACAUACAUAUAAGCACUCACAAUGUUUGCAUAAUAAAUAAGAUGCGAUUCAACCAUGGGGAGGCCUUUUGGGAGACUAACGACCCAACGACUAUUCUCACACCUACAGGAUGAUUUUUUUUUUUUUUUCCCCGACUGCACAUCCUCUGAAUGAAUGUUCCUGCCCACUAGAGAGUUAACCAUUAUAUUCCCGAGCAUUAAAAAAGACCCUCUUGGAAAAGUUUUCACACAUGGAAAUAGAGUAUGGCAUAUUCCAGCCUUUAUUUUUACACCAGGUUUGUUGUGUUGUAUAUAAAUUUUGUAUAAGUUUGUAUAUAUGAAUUUGUAUAAGCUUUUGUUUAUAACAAAAAUAAAUUUUAAGAUAU